CGGCUCGGCUCGGUCGUUGCUGAUUGGUGUUCACGUUCACCGUCGAUAUUUUACAAUUGUAUUUGAUUUUCUAAGAAACGACGUUAUUUCCCGAUACUCGAUGCUGUCCGAACGUUUUCGAGAACGACAGGUAGAUGUUUAACGGCAAAACUGCAAGGUGUCGAAUAAGUGAAAACAAAACGAAGAACGAACUUAACCUGUAACCCGGUUUGAACAAUAAUGGCAAACGGUUGGGAAGAUUAAGAGACGAGAGGAAAGUAUGAUAAAGAGAUGCUGAUAUUUGUUUCAACCGACAUCCAAAGUUCAACGAUGUUUCUGAAAUUUCUUUUUUUUCUCGGGACAUGAUAGAGCGGAUUACCGGUUUAUCGCUCUCAGAUAAGAGGUUAAUUCGCCUCGAUUAAUCAGCUACACCUCACGUGCUUUCUCUCCUACUCGCUCUCGAGUGUCGAAUAUAUGUCUGUUUCAGUGAAAGUGACAGGCAGUGCUGCUGACACGUUUACAAAUACGAUAUGUCGCUGGAUCAUGUUCCUUGCGGCCACAAUAUAGUUCUAAUACUUCACCGUUAUUACAUCAGUCGCGGUGCUGCACUGCUUAUGGAUGAUCGCAUGUGCCAUAUGUUUAUAUCUUUUUCAAAUAUAAUAUAAUACAUUAUAUUUAAAAGUUUAAAAAGUCAAUAAUAUACUGACAAAAUGUGUGGAAUCUGGGCACUGUUUGGCUUGGACACAGAACCACUGACUUGCAUUUAUGGGAAUUUCGACAAGAUAUCCCAUCGUGGUCCAGAAGCUUUCAAGAUAGAAUUUGAUAUCAGAGUCAAGAAUGGGUAUCUGGGAUUUCAUAGACUGACAAUUGUUGAUGGUUUGUAUGGAAUGCAACCAAUGAGAAUCUGCAAAUAUCCACAUUUGUUUCUUCUGUGCAAUGGAGAGAUAUAUAACUGGGAAAAAAUAGGAAAACAAUAUGGCUUUGAAUACACUACCAAGUGCGAUGUAGAAGUCAUCAUGCAUUUAUAUGCUCAUGGAGGUGCUGACUAUGUUGCUCGAUCCUUAGAUGGUGUAUUUGCAUUUUGCUUAAUGGAUAUUGAGAAAAGAAAAAUUCUGAUUGGCAGAGAUCCAUAUGGUGUAAGGCCAUUAUUUAGAUUACGUUCAGAUGAUGGUCAAUUGGUCAUUUGUUCAGAAAGCAAGGGUCUGAUGGCUAUAUCAAAACGUAUAAAAGGCAAAUCAAUUCUAGAACCAUUUCCUCCAGGUCAUUAUGAAGAAUACUCGAUUUUAAAUGAUGGUCGUACAAAGUUUCUGAAAAGCGUCAAUUAUCAUAAACCUAGCGACAAACCUUCUUUUCAAGCAUAUAUUCCUUGGAGUGCUUUGAGCCCAAAAGACAUCCACGGCAAUAUCCAAAAGUUACUUUCGGCAGCUGUGGAGAAACGACUAAUGAGCGAUAGACGAAUUGGGUGUCUACUGUCGGGUGGACUAGAUUCCAGUUUGGUUGCAGCUUUAUUAACGAAGCUAGCAAAAGAACAUAAUCUACCGUACAAAAUACAAAGCUUUGCAAUAGGUAUGGGAGACGGUCCGGAUAUCAUUGCUGCCAGACAGGUUGCGGAAUACAUCGGAACCGAACAUCACGAAAUUAUUUUUACACAGCAGGAUGUAAUGGAUGUUUUAGACAAAGUUAUUUACUCCCUAGAAACAUAUGAUAUCACCACUAUUCGAGCCUCGAUUGGAAUGUACAUCCUCUCGAGAUAUAUAAAACAAAAUACCGAGACAACUGUGAUCUUCAGUGGGGAAGGUGCGGAUGAAGUAGCGCAAGGCUACAUUUACUUCAGAGACGCGCCUAACGCAGCAGACGCACACAAUGAAUCUCUUAGAUUACUAAAAGAUAUUUAUCUGUAUGAUGGUUUGAGAGCAGACAGAACGACCAGUGCCUUCAGUUUAGAGCUUAGAGUUCCGUUCUUGGAUCUUCAGUUCACCAACUAUUAUUUAUCAUUGGACGCUGGUAGUAGACAGCCUCAAGACGGAGUCGAAAAACACUUGUUAAGAUCUGCAUUUGAUGGAACUGAUUUACUACCUGCCAAUAUACUCUGGAGACACAAAGAAGCUUUCAGCGAUGGCGUUGCUUCUAUUAAAAAGUCUCUGUUUCAAAUAAUUCAGGAGAUUAUAGAGGAUCGUGUUCAGGAUAAAGAUUUGGAAGAAGCCUGUGUUAAAUAUCCUCACUGCACACCAAAGACAAAAGAAGCGCUCUAUUAUAGAGAUGUCUUUGAGUCACAUUAUGGAGGACAGGCGGAAAGUUUCACGCCUUACUUCUGGAUGCCACGUUGGGUGAAGGGUGUCACUGAUCCAUCCGCAAGAUUUAUUGCUCAUUAUGCCGCAGACUCCGAUAAGAAAAUCGAAGUGAAAGUGGCUUAGUAAAUACAUCACUGCAAGAUUUACUUCAUAUUAGAUCUACUUCAUUAAGAUAUAAAUAAAACUGCCUUACAUGUACGUUGGAUGUUGAGGAAUAUUCGCUUCAUGUUUGUGCAUCCUUGUAAUAUAAGAUAAAUGAUUGAUUUCCCAAGGUAUUUAUAAUUUCUU